GAAGCUCUCACGGUGCUUACGGCUUGCUUCAGUUUGGCGGGCUUAGCGUCAGCCAUCAGGCGUGCGCGGUGUGGUCACUCCAACGAACAUUUGGCGGGAACGGAAAGCUCGCGAUCGCGGAAAUUUAAUCGCAAGAACAGCGAAUUAAAAAUUAUAAGUUUAUGUGUUUAUCGUGAAAAAUGUCUUUAAAAUCGAGCCCCUUGUUGCUUUUACGAUGGUUCAUCGUUUUAAAUAUUAUGAUAGUGCAAGCAGAUAACAGGGUAUCAUCGUACUUAGGUGCUCGUUGCAAAGCUAAAAGCGACUGUGGCGUUCCCAACUCACACUGCGAAAGAGGCGUGUGCGCAUGUCAACCUUACUUUGCACAAGCUGACAACUCUACCUGCCUUGAAUCGACUCUUCUAGGAUCAGAAUGCACGGUAUCGGAGCAGUGCACGUUAAAGGUGGCAUACAGUGCCUGUCUCGAAGGUGUCUGCCGAUGUACUGAUGGCCAUCUGCAGUUCAGGAAGCACACCUGUCUCUCACCUGCACCGCCUGGUCACGUCUGCUACAGCAACGAACAUUGUCGUUUAUGGGACAAGGAGAGCCGUUGUGAAUUCGUCAUACUUAACCUGUUCGGUAGAUGCGCGUGUAACAGCUAUUUUAAACAAAUCGGAGACAAGUGUGUAGCGCAGAAGAUUCCACCUUAUGCCACUGAAGCUGUCGUUGCGGAAAUGGACGCUGUAGUUGCACCAUCAAACGCAACAGUAACAUACAAAGAUCAAAUACCUAAUCCAACCGUACAACUGACAGCAAGUUCAGUAAACUCUUUCGGAUCUCCUCUGUCCGUAAUUAGUUCUGACGAUAUUCAGCCAAGCAAAUUGCCAAUGUACACAAACAAAAAUGAUGUGUUCAGCACUGACGAAGAUAGCCCAUUGAUGCAAGCUGUCAUGAAAGUGCCGAGUGUUGAACCAACAAAACGAUUACCCGUCUCGAAUAGAAAAGAUGGCGAACCGAAUGAGACAAUUAGGGUAGACGAAAUGACAGCUAAUUUGCAUGCAAAUGAUCAACCAAUCUACAGGGUUGUGACACAGCCAUCUGUAGAAAAGAAAACUAACAAAAAGGGUAGUGCGUCAAAGGAAAGUAAUUCUAGCGGGAAACCUCACAAGGGUGGACAUCAAAAGAAAUCAUCUCUGAAGGACAAGCAUCGUAUCCGCACGGAUACGCCAGUAUACGACCUUGGCCCUGCAUCUCUCGGAAUGCCGUGCCUUACGGAUCCGCAAUGCCAACAAGUGGAUCCAUACACGCGAUGCCUCAACAAGAAAUGUGACUGCACGUACCGAACUAAUUCUACUUCAGCUUGCUCGGCUCGUAAUAGAGGCUGCCUACCAAACACGUUCCAAUGUCGAUCAACGGGAACUUGUAUAAGUUGGUACUUCGUCUGCGAUGGACGCAAGGAUUGCCCCGAUGGUUCGGAUGAGAAAUGUGAAGGUACUGGUAAAGAAUUAACAGGGGAACGGUGUCCAACAAACUCAUUCAGAUGUGGGGGACCUGGGUCUCCUUGUGUGUCUCGAGCAUCCAGGUGUGAUGGUACUCCUCAGUGCCCAGGAGGAGAAGACGAGAAGAACUGCCGAGCGACACGACGUAAAGGCUGUCCACGUCACACAUUCCGUUGCGGUUCAGGGGAAUGUCUACCUGAGUAUGAGUUCUGCAAUGCAAUUAUAUCCUGCAAAGACGCUUCUGAUGAACCACCGCAUCUUUGCAAUGAACAAUCGAGAUGGCGUGCGGCUGACUUUUGUCCGUUCCGUUGCGGGAAUGGCCGAUGUAGGAGCACGGCUGUUGCUUGCUCGGGACGCGACGGAUGCGGCGAUAACAGUGAUGAAAUUGCCUGCAAUGUCUGCAGAUGUCCCGCCCCACCGCAGCCUUGAACGUCAAUCAUCAAUUCAAAGCUGACCAUCUGAUUGCUGGAUCUCAAUGCUCAAUAUUUUUGCGUAUACAGUAAAACAUUACUUAUGAUUUGUAAACUAGAAUUCAACCUCAUUUUUUGCAUAAAACCUACAGAUUUUUAUUGUAUAAUGGUACAAACAUGAAUACCUACCUAAUUAGUGAACUUGAUGAUUAAUGAUAUUUUAAUGCAAUGUUUUAUUGUUCGAGGAAAGGUUUAAAUACACAUUCAUUUGGCUCAUAUUUAAUGUAAGCUUAAUAAAUGUAAAUAUAAGAAUAUUUCUCUAUAGCAACUAAACUACGACACUAGUUUAAAAUGAUUCAAGUCAAAUUUUCUACGGACAUUCUUCGGAAGUUUUGCUAACACAUCUACAGAAUAUGUUUUACGAAAUAUCUCUAAUUUAAGUGUAAUUUAAGCCACGUAUAAAACAAGACUGAAAAGUGAUGCUUAUAUCCGUGAAUUAGGUAUCAACUUGUCAAUUAGGCAUUAAUUGAAAAAGCUUAGAAUGAACACAGCAUUGUCUACAGAUUUGCCCGCUCAAAAAAAAAAUGUAAAUAUUUUUUUCAACUGGCAGUUACUUCUUUUUUUUCUAUUCCACAGACUAUUUAAGACGUAAUAAUAGAUAAGAUUUUUAUUUCAAGUUUGGUGUGAAUUUAGCUGGCUAAGCGCAGUCGAGUGUAACUUAUUGUAAAAUAGUGUGAUUAUGUGUG